UUCUCAGUAUCUUGCUGUUUGCCAAAGCUGCUGCAAUCUCUUAUGUGGGGGUUUCUAUACCAACAUAUUUAGCCCUUCUCCAGAUCACUCUGUAGUUGGAACUUUCACUCCUUUUGGACAUGGCAGCAUCUGUCUUCCUAACAGCAACACCAUAAUAGUGAUGUUUAAUCAGGAGGGAGGUCUGGUGACUAAUAAAGAUGAAGAAAUGGUCAGAAAAUGGAAAUGGCCUCGGGAUGGCAAGCUUGCCCAUCCGGUUAUAGCACAGGUUAAUGAAUACAUCACAGUGAUGAUUGCAGGGCGCUUUGCAAUUAGCUUGGUCUACAAGUGGCAACAUGAAAGUGUGUGCUUGUCUUUGUCACCACUGCAGGGUGCGGCUCUUAAACAGUUAGAACAACUGCCAGAAUUGAAAGAGCUGUUCAUGAAAAAUGAAGUUCCAGAGGCAACUGUAAAGCACAUAAAUGACAUCAGUGCAACCAGAGAACUGAGGAAAUUGCAGAGGAAGAUCCGGAGCACUGUGGGUGAUUGGCUGCGGUAUUAUCGCACAGCCCUAGGAACUGACCGCAUACGCCUUCAGAAAAUGUCUGACCCUCCUCUGCAACCCUCAAAGAAGGGCACAAUUCAGUCUGCAGGUGCUCUCCCAGUUGCUUCAGGUUUGCUGAGAUCACAAAGGAAGAGGAAAGAGAACAGCCAAGCUCCCAAGUUAGAAACUUCUCUUCAAGAUAAGACGCAGUCAGCUCCUCCUCACAGCAUGCAGCAGAAACCAUGUUCUUAUCCUUUCAGGGCUCCUGUUGUACCAAAGAGCAACACCAAAUCAGAGAAGCUGCACACGACUCAGUUAAAUUUAAAGAAAAGAAGGAACGUACUGAAUGUCAUCAAUUCACGGGACAAGCUGUGGGUCAUAUCCCAGGUUGCUUGUCCUGUUGUGCUUCGAAGAAUUCUGAUGGGGGAGGAAGGGAAGACAUGCAGGUGUAGCAAUCGUCGGAUUCCCUAUGUGUCAGACCUGGAGUAUGAUCACCUCAUUAACAACCAGAUGUCCUUGAAGGAGCAGAUUAUAGUGGUCUGUGUCUCAUCUUCACAAACAAGCCAGGAUCCUAGUGAAGCCAAGAUAGAGCAGCUCUAUGAAAGACAGAACAAGAACAGAAAUAUGCCUUGUGCUCAGGGUUGUCAGGAUUCCUUUCGCCUCCUCAAGUACAACAUCACUUCUGCAGAUGCAUUUACAGAUCACAAGGGUUCCUUACUGGAAAAGAGACAUAAUGUAUCUCCUGGCAUGUUUUUGAUGUACAUUCAAGGAAAGCUUCUCUUUGCCAACUACAUUUUCAAUGGGUACAGCAAGUCAACAAAAGACCUUCAAAAACAAAUAGCUAAGACAAGGAGUGAUUAUCGCAUGGGUUACUAUCUUCCAAGGGAUUUCAAGUUCAGGAAUGGACCCCUUUUUAAUAGCACAAAGUAACGGAAAGCAUUGGUCACGCUCUAUUUGGAUAUGAGAUUGUUUUCAGUUCUCC